AUGUAUUUCCACGCCAUGGUCUAUGACCCUCAUAUAUUCCAGAAAGAGGAACAGUCUCGAUAUAGUGAAGACACUGGGACGAAAAACCAGACCAAGAUCAGGACAGCCAAAACAAGAAUCUACCUCUCGACUCUUUACAUUGGGAAGUCUGAGCACGAGCUGAUUCAAACCAUCCAAGAAUCACUCAAGCGAAACCCCGACCUAAAAGUCUCGUUCCUCACGGAUUCUCUUCGAGGAACAAGAGAGACACCCAAAGCAUCAUGUGCAACGUUACUAGCGGCUCUGAUCGAUGAGUUUGGCCAGGAUCGUGUUGAAGUAUGCAUGUACCACACUCCAAACUUGACUGGGAUUCGCAAGUCCAUGAUCCCAAAACGCAUCAACGAAGGAUGGGGAUUACAACAUAUGAAACUCUACGGAAUUGACGAUGAAAUCAUCAUGUCAGGUGCAAAUCUGUCAUCUGAUUACUUCACCAACCGUCAGGAUCGCUACCACUUGAUCUCAUGCAAACGGAUCACCGACUACUUUGCCAAAGUGCAUGACACAGUGUGCAGCAUUAGCUAUCGCGUAGUACCGAAUGCUUCAGCACCCGGAGGAUUCAAUCUCGACUGGCCGACCACGAACGCGCACCCGGCACCUCUGACUGACCCUAAGGAAUUCAUUACUCAAGCCACAAGAUUGCUCGCUCCGUUACUGAAACCAGCGUCUACCAGUUCCGCCCAGGCUUCACAAACGGAUACACAACUUUACCCUCUGCUUCAGCUGACACCUCUUCUGAAGCCUGACACAUCUACUGAACUGCCAGCGCUUACUACAAUCCUCAAGGCUCUGGCUACUCCAGCCUUCGCAGGUAGCAAAUGGACGUUUACAGCUGGAUACUUCAACAUGACACCCUGGCUCCGUGACUUGCUUUUGGCUUCCAAUCCAUCAUCUGCAAAUGUCAUUGCUGCUUCACCUUGGGCCAAUGGCUUCUACGGCUCACCGGGUGUGUCUGGUAUGCUGCCCGCUGCUUACACUCUACUGGGCCGCCGUUUCUUGUCCGCGGUGCAGAAAGCUGGAUUGGAAAAUCAGAUCAUCCUCAAAGAAUGGAGAAAGGGCACCGUCAACACACCACAUGGUUGGACAUAUCACGCAAAGGGCAUUUGGGUCACGCUUAAAGACCAGCCCGGCCCGAGUGUGAGUCUAAUUGGUAGCAGUAACUAUACCAAGAGAAGUUAUAGUCUGGACUUGGAAGCAAAUGCGUUGAUUGUCACUAAAGAUGCUGGAUUGAUGAAGAGGCUCAAGGAAGAGGAGGAGUGGUUGCAAGAGUACGCGACAAAGGUUGACCAGAGCACCUUUGAGAAGACUGAACGCAGGGUCGGCCUGCAUGUGAGAAUCGCCAUGUGGAUCGUCACCUUGGUUGGCGGUGCUUUGUAGACAGCAUGUCGGUGGGUGUGAUGUAAGAUAUCCAGAACCUGACAACCAUAUUAUUUCGUUACGCAGAAAGGACGUUUCCCGUGUCGUGUAUAGAAUUUCGCUCUAGUAUUUUGCGACAAAAGCUUCUGAUCAAGGUCUCAAGGAAAUCAUGGCAAGUCACAAGAACUCAAUCACGCAUAAGAAGAAAUCAUAAAUGGCCUUUGAAUCAUUUUUUGUUUCAUUCCGGCAACAGCAUCCAGCCAGCAAACACAACACCCCAUUCUCCAUUUUGUUCUAGAAGUAAAUCCGAUCAGGAAACAAGAAGAGCGAGACGCUUACUGCUUCUCAGCAGCCUUGCGGGCCUUGGAGCCACG